AUCUGUCAUUUGUCAAAAUAAAUUAACAGCGUGAGCGUGUUUAUCAAAUGACCGCGUGAAAAUAAUUUAGAUAAAAAAGUUUUCAAUAACAAUAUUAAUACACUUAAAGUAUUAGAAGUCUUUAUUGGGUUAUUUGUGAUAAUUUAAACAGAAGUAAUGGCUCGCGGAAAGGAUAAAAAAAAGUGAACGUAAGUUAGAGAAGAAACAAGAAGGAGAUGACGUGCCAAAAAAGAUACCCCACACACUCGAAUCACUCCGAGAGAAGGAUGAGACUAUGCUGGCCAAUGUGGAGGUCGAGGAGCAGGAAGAGGCACAAAAAGACAUGGAACUUGACGAAUUGUCCUCAUACUACCAGAAUUCUUAUGAACCAAAAGUCCUUAUAACAUACUCGGACAACCCGCACAAUAAGACUAGGAUAUUUGGCAAAGAGCUGAUGAGGAUCAUACCCAACUCUAUCUCUAGAUAUAGGCAGAGGUCAUCAGUAAAACGUAUAGUACAGUCAGCAAUCCGGGAAGACGUGACAGAUGUAAUCAUUGUAAAUGAGAAUCAGAAGCAGCCUAACGGUUUCCUACUGAUCCACUUGCCAGACGGACCCACGGCCCACUUCAGGCUCUCCAGCUGUAAGAUAACUGCAGAAUUGAGGAAGGAUUAUAAAGAAAUCACUACUCAUAGGCCAGAGGUGAUACUGAACAACUUCAGCACGCGGCUGGGUCUGACGGUGGGGCGCAUGCUUGGCGCGCUGUUCCACUACGAGCCACAGUUCCGUGGCCGGCGCGCAGUCACCUUCCACAACCAACGCGACUACAUAUUCUUUAGGCAUCAUCGAUACGAGUUCACCUCAGACGGCAAACGCGCCAAGCUGCGCGAGCUGGGUCCCAGAUUCACACUCAAGCUGAUUUCGCUGCAGCAGGGCACAUUCGACUCCAAGCGUGGAGAUUACGAAUGGAUCAUCGCAGGCCGUCGACACCAGAUGGAAACUUCGCGCAGACGAUUUUUCUUAUAGCUUAAUAUACUGUUUUAUGAUAAAGGA